CAAAUGUACGGUCUUCAGACAGUCGUCGAAGAUCCUCACUCCAGUAGGUCAAUUUUUAAGCUAAUGUUUUUAAUUUUAAGUGCGCAAAAAUCUUGACGCAGCAAGUAUAAACACAAAAAGAUUACUUCCGUACCAAAACAAAAACAGCACAGCCUCCGUCAGACGAGUGGACUUCCUACAGCGCCAAGUGAACCAGCAUUUGUGGAAAUCAUUAAGCUAACUAGCCAAGGCAAAUGAAAUACGAGCGACUCCUAUAGACAUCUUUGACAGAGAACAUAAUUCAAGAUGUUUAACGCUAACUCAUAAUUUCAGCUGAGAUAUUGUCCAUUUGGCACAGUUGUGAUUAGAGGCAGGAAGAGGAAGCGUCAAACAGUAAUUUGAAUUUUAAAAUGUAAUCAAGUGUUCGUGCAAGCAUUCUUGUGCGUUCAAACUCAGUGGUGCUUAUCAGAAAUGACUUCUGAAAUAGAACGUCUUCGAGAGAGUCAAAAGUAUGUUGUUUCUGAGCCUUCUUCAGAGGGCCAAACGAGAAUCAAGAAGCCACACAUAACUACUGAAGGAAAGGAGGGAAAAUUGCUAAGAAAAAAGCUUGCAAUUGCUCUUGGUUUAAGAACUAGUUCGUCUACAAGUACUACGAGCCAAAGCGAAGGUGAAGACGUUCAGAAUGUUGUGGAAGUCUUCAAAAGACAGGUCAGAAAGACAGUAGACUCUCGAUCUAAGAAUUUCCCAAGGACAAUUCAGGAAAGGGAACAGCAGAGCCCAGAUAAAAGCUCUUUAAUUAUUCGUAAAAUGGCUAGAAAAACGACAGACAAAAGUGGCGAGUUUCUUGAAGAAGAUUUUGAAGGCUUUGAUGACAUUGAUGGACAAGAAACAGUUUCUCAAGAGGGGUCAAAAGAGCAGUAUUCAAUGGCAGCAGAAAAAUUAGAAACAUUUGAUCAUCACGACAUGAGAAGUCGCGACGCGUCAAAAGGGGAGAAUUCGAAACAUAAAACGAUAAGAAAAACAAUAGAAGCUGAAAACAUAAACGAAUUUCUAAAUGAAGAAGAAAGAGCUUCGAGAAAGACGAAAUCAAUUCAGGAUAUUUCAAGGAUAAGAGAAAUAACAGAAAAGAAAUCUGGAAAAAGAUUGUAUAACACAAAAAUGGAAAAUCAAGGCGAGAGCGAAAAAAAUGAAUCUUGGGUUUUAGGAACGAGAAAUGCAAAACAAAACGAGACAAUUAGAGCAUCGACAUCUAGUGAAGAACUUAAUUCAUAUACUGGAUCAAAUGUCGCCGCAAAUGAGGUAACAACGUCAUCGGGAGAAUUUYUUUCGUCCUAUGGAAAACAGUCUGAUAGGGCUCCAAGUAAGAAGGUUGAAGAGGUCUCCCCUAGUGAAUCUGUAAUGCUUCUUCGUGAGAAGAUCAGAAAAAAUACCAGAGCAAGACAGGUGCGAAGAAGCUCACGUGUUGACAGAGGUCUAGAGCGGGAAAAAACACGCGACAAUCAAAACCAGGAAAAAAUUGCAAGCACAUCACAAGAAAAAUCUACCAAUGAGCUCAAAGAAUCUUUCUCAGUAGCUCCUGACAAAAAUAAAUAUUAUGAUGAUCAUUUGCAAGUUUCUAGUAAUAUUCCUAUUCCUUUUUCAAGAAGAAAAACGUCAGACACUCAAGAGAAACCUCCUCAGAGUAGCCCUGGACAUUUUUACUUCGAUACAGAAAAAGCAGAGAACAAUACGGAGACGCAGAAAGAAAAUAUAUUGGAUUCCAAGACGAAAUUUGUACAAAAAUCUAAGAUUCCUAGACGAAAAAGUGAGAACUCCAAAGAUGGAAUGGGACCUUUUGUAGCGAGGUUAAGAUCUGACGAAAUUGAGGGACAAAUAGUCGAUGCGAAGUCUGUUCAAUCAAUUGAUGACAAGUUAUUUAAAAAGAUAUCUGAAACGGAAGACCUUGAAAGUGAAAAAGUUUCGCGACAAAGUCCUUGGCAAAAGAACCGGAAUUCAAACGCAAAUAUGGGUCAAAUGCUUAGGAACGUUUCCAAGAAAACGAAGGAAACAACCUCUAGUUUGAAAACAAAUAUAGCUUCCACAACCGAUAAUAAUUUACUAACUAAUAAAUCUCAGACUUCACUUCGUGAUACAACUAUAAUUAACUCAAGGCACAACAGUAGUAGUAGUAGUGUUAGGCAAUUUGACUUUGAUUGGUUUGAAGCCGAGUUGAGCAAGCUCAAAGCAUCGGUGUUCAAGACUUAUGAAGAUUUCAAAGACAUUAGGAGCAUGGUGCAUGGUGUCGAGGAAGAGUUGAAUGAUUUGAAAAGUAAUUAUGGAGUUUGAUAUUUUUGAAUUGAUACGAGUGAUAAGUUUGGACUGCGAUGUAUUGUAACUAUUGGCACAGGUAGCCAAAGCUCUACUUUUGUAUCAAGCGAGAAAAUAUAAUGAAAGAGGCGUCUGAAACUCGAUCCACAUAUCCACACCGAAUCGCAAUAUGUAUUGUUCUGGAAUAACUAGCCUCACGUGCAUGUGUAACCGCUUUUAUGUUUCCAUGCACAUCAACACGAGGCUAGUCAGUACAAAACAAUAGCUAUAGUGCAAAAUGGUCGCCAUAUUUAAUCUUAUAAGUAUACUAAACUGACAUGCGCUUUCUAUGAGUGCGCGUUUAUUUGCACACUAUCUUGGUAGUUUAUUCCAGUUUUUCCUUUUUAUUUCCUAAUCCCUGCAGUUUCACUACUGAAUUUAAAAAUAAGACCAAUUCCGAUUUUCAAGUUUGCGUGCAUAUAUAUCUUCGCCACCGCUAUAGUUUUUUCAAAACGCAUCCCACAUGGAAAAGAAUGACCAUGAAUACUUAGCCGUCAGUGACAAAUUUGAUACUUUGGGUAUGCUGGUCAUAGCAAGGGGUUAAUCAUCUAUGGUCUAGGGGCCGACUAACCUCUCCCUUAGGCUUUUGCCGAGCUUCCUGAUCAGUCUGUAAUUCCUCCCGGGAUAGCGGUGUCGGGGUCGAAAUCUCUGGCGUAGCCGUAAAUGCUUCGCGCUACCAUACAACGCUUCAGCAUUCGGGUCUGGGAGUAUGGUCUCCGGUUAUUUUUUAAUUAACCAAAAGCAAAAAAAAUCAAUCUCCCUAACGAAUUAACUUUUAAGAAGAUAAUGUCAAUAGACCUUUACAAAAAUCUAAAUAGCAAUUGAAUUUUGCUGGUGGUUGGAAUAGAACAUGUUUGAAACACAAAGACUUCAAGUUACUCCCGCCACUCUAUGCUUUAUGAUUUUCUAUAGGUUUGCUUCCUAUGCAUCCCAUAAUUUAAGAUAACCGUCAUAUCAGUAAAAAGGUACGUUUAUUUGAAACGACAAGAGGAAUCCAAAGUGCUUGAUACCUGAAGUUUCUAUUACAUUUGCUGGAUAUGAUCGAUCAUACCUCGAUAUCUUCUUUUAGGCCACACAAACAAAUUUUAAAUCAAAUCCACAAAUCACACUUUUGACACUGAAUAUAACAGGAUGGUGACUAAUUCUGGAGUUUAAACUUUUUAUUGUUCACUCCUUAUCAUACAAACACCAGGAAUAUUAAAGCACAA